GACCAAACCCAUAUGUGUUGGCAUUGGUUUCAUAUUGAUGCGAGGAAGACGCUGCUGUGAGAUCUCAAGAACAGGAAGCACUGACAUUUCGCUUAUUGGUCCGGAUAGUGACAAUCAAAAUGUAUAACUGGAGGCCUUGAUCAAGAUGAGAAUCUGAAUUAGAGCAGUUACUCAUCACUGAAAGAAGCAACGAUGGGUACCAGAGCAGCUGCUUUCACGGCAAAGAUAAAGAACCUGCAGGACUACUACCUUCGCCUGCUGCACGGCAUACCGCUGCCGUCCGAGCUCGACAUAGCAUGCACGCUCAAGUACUUCUCCCUCACCCUCAUGGGUGUGCUGAAGGACGUUCCGGAGGCUCCACUGGAGAUGCUCCGGCGUCCGGACCAGGACAGCACGCGGCUGGCGCUGUACCCCAGCCUGGACUACACGGGCCUGUACCGCGCCCUCGUCCAGCUGUUCGACAUAGUGCCGCUGCUCCAGUACGGCGUGCAUGGUUUCGGCCAGUCGCUGCUGCACACCAUGUCGUGUCUGGUGCCGUUCCUGGAGCACUCGCUGAUCGACUCGCUGCCCUACCUGGUGGCCUCCAGCCUGGCCACCUUCCCCGUGUCGCUGCACCGGGACAUCGUCAACACCCUGUGUCACUACCUGCUGCCGUUCACACUCAGCCCCGACGUGGAGAACUACACGUCCAGCUCAGUGACUGCCAUCGUUAUGGUGGUGUUCCAGUACACUGACCAAACCGCGCUGCACUGUCAGCUGCUGGAGACGGUGAUGUCGCGCCGGCGGAUGGUGAUCCGUGACCUGUUCUGUAUCAUCGCGCACGGCACGGUAAGCGCCCGACUGCCGGCCGCCCACCUGCUGUUCCACUACUGGCCAGCGCUGAACCCCACCUCGGCAGACCGACGCAACAACCUGCUGAAAUUCACAGGUCUCGAUGUGGAGGAUAUCGGCUGGGAACCACAUCAGUGUGAGAGAGACAACUGCCCCUCAAACGAGAAUAACGAGGCGAUUCAACUGUGCCUGGACCACAAUGUGGCCGUGCUUCAGGGAUCGGAGUAUCCACCGCCGCUCUACCUCUGCCAGCACUGCUCCCAGGACAUCCGCGCGUCCAACUCGCAAAUCAGCAUGUUCGAGAUCCUGCUGCCCAUGCAGCACAUGUCCACCACGUGCGAGAAUAAGAACUGCCGCUCCAGCGACAAGCUGGCCAUGUGCACGUGCUUCGCCAUCGAGUGCGCCUCCUACAACGGCAACCGGCCGAUCCGCUACUGCGCCCAGUGUGACAGUAUCCGGCACAACAACCGGCGCGGGGGCGACCACGUCGUGCAGUACCGGAUCGGAUCGCCGUGGAAAAUGGCGCCCGACGUGUCCAGAUAUAUGGUCGAGGCCGUGGUCAGUCUGCUGAAGGAGGCCCAGCCGCUGGCCGACAGCCGCCGCAGCCGGGAGCAGGAGCGACACACCCGGGCAGGGCUACUGGACGACGCCCAGCAGCAGGAGGGUCCCUCGCUCGAGGAGCGUCGCUCUCUCUCCCGUUACGGCGUCUGGCUGCUGGUGAACCUCUGCACACCCGACCGGACCACCUCGGAGCAGACGCUGGCCAGACUGCUGGCGGCGCUCUUCAACUGGUUCGAGGCAACUGCCUACCUCGGUGACGACCAGACUGGCGGCGCGCUGGAGCUGCUCAAGUCCGAGUACAUCCACAGCUGGCUGCAGGCCAUCCUGGCCGACCACUUCAAGACGUUCGCCUCGUGUCUGCUGCCGCGGCCGCCAGAGUACGCCAGAGUCGGCGGCCACUGGGACGGCCUGGUGUCGAAGACGCAGCACAUCCAGGAGGGCUUCCACCGCCUGUUCUGCCUGGUUCCGUACGACAUCAUCAGCGCCGAGCUGUGGAACCACAUCAUGCCCAACUGGAUGGAGGCCAUCCUGCAGGACGUACCCGAGGACGAGCUGCCAGAACUGAAAAUCAUACUCAGUAAGCUGCUGGACCCGGACAUGUCUCCGCUGGGGUUUGACUCGGACCAGAUGUACCAGUUCGUGUCGGUACGGUUUCACUCCACGGCUCCGCGAGUUCAGGAGCAGGCCCUCACCUGGCUGCAGGUUCUCUCGAUGGUGAACAUCGCCAUCCCGCUGCCGAUUCUGCACAAGAUGCUGCGGACCGGCGUCCGGUGCCUGCAGGCCUCCAAAGACGGCGCCGGGUCCAGGAAAGUCAGCUCCAUCAGGUCACAGGUCAACAGCGAUCUAGGUCCGGUGGUGCAGAGCGAGUCUCGCGCGGCCUCGCCUCUCUCUGGUGAGGACUGUAUGCCGGAGGAGGAGGUGCCGGUGAACACGGUGGAUACUGCCGACCUCGUGGUGCCUUGCUACCUCCUCAUGCUCGAUGUGCUCCUCAAACAGAUGGAGAUCCAGGACGUGCCGCAGAGCCAGGGCCUGCUGGGCGGCCAGUCGCAGCAGGCCGUCAUCCUGCUGAAGGCCAUGCUGUCCUCGCCCACCGAGGGCAAACACACCUGCGACCCGGAGGAUACACCCACACUGGAGACAUACCGGGAGAACAGUAAGGACGAGCCGAUACGCGUGGAGCAGUGCGACGCCUGCGAGGCGCUCCUGGAGCUCUACCAGCUGGCCGGGGAGCUGCUCGGCUACAUCUGUCCUCAGGAGACCGUCAAAUCCGUGGAGAUCAGUGAGGAGGUGGUGGAGACGGGCCUGGAUUCCCCGGCGCCCGUCCACGCUGAUGAGCCGCCCGCACACGGACAGGAGAAGCCGGUGGCGCCCGUCCAGGAGCACGUCAUCUCGAUGGACGGGCUGCAGCAACAUGUCAUACAGCCGUCACAGGUCAUGAUGGCCACAGAGGAAGUGACUGAAAUGGACGUGGCCGCCAGCAUCCCCGCCGAGCGCGUGGUGCGCGCCGUCGCCAAGGCCGUCACCAUAUCAGAGGAUGACAUCGCGGUUGCCAAGGUAAAGGUGUGCGCCGCCCGGCUGGUGGGCGAAAACGACCAGCCCGUGCUGGUACCCACCAUCGAGGAGGGCGACAACUUCUGGACCACCUCGCACGGCCGGUUCCGCUUCACCGUGGACGAGCUACCGCCCGAGCUGCAGCUGCUCUACGGACUCCUGAACCGUAUGAAGGAGAGUGACGACCAGGACGUCACCUCGCACCUGCUGGCCUGUCUGCGACUGCUGGUGCUGCACGCUGACUGUCUGCAGCGGGCGGCCAGGGACCACCGCGGCUUCCACAUCUGGUGUCAGGAGAACCUCGUCAUCAAACAACUGUGGGACCUGCUACUGGCCGAGUACUCCCAGAUCCCGGAGAUAGCCGUGCCCGUGCUGCUCCAUGCCAUCACACUGCCCUGCGGUGCAGAUGUGUUCUGGCAGAUCGUCGGCAACGAGUUCCAGAGCGACGACUGGAAGGUCCGCUUCACCGCCGUGGAGCGCGCCACGGUACUGGCCCGGUUUCUGGAGCCGUCCGUGGUACGCCGCAGCGGCCCGGCGCUGCAGCCGUCCCUGGCUCACGUCUUCUCGUACCUUAUACACGCCGUGGACGACCUGUCGGCGGCCGUGGCGCAGAAGGUGCAGCUCUACAUGGAGACCAUCCCCGACGGAGGCAUACGGACGAUCUGUAUGUGCCUGGAGGCGCAGUUUGACACGGUGAUCGUGGACCGGCCGCUGGUGCUGAAGACGGUGCUGCAGCUCUUCAACCUGCUGCCGACGCGCGGCAUUCUCUCCUGGGAGUUCUUCAACAGUCGCUUCGACUGUCUGGUGCUGGAGACACAGAUACGGCUGGAGCGACACGGGGACAUUCCCAUCACUAAAGACCUGAAGGCGGACGGCGCCGCCAGCGAGGCGUACAUCCGCCGGCUGACGCGGGCGCACGAGGCGCUCACCGCGGCCGCCUCAGGGCCCGGCCAUCGGCGCACGCUCAACUCUAGCAUCGGCGCCAAGUGGCCGUAUAAGCGGGCCAUGUCUGCGCCGGCGGUCGUACCGCGGCCAGAUAAAAACGACAUUUUGAAGCACACCUACCCGCGCCAGGCCUCGGCCCCGGCACUGAACAGAAAGGCGUCUCGUUUCGGUAUUUCGCAGAUGAAUCAUGCUCCGGAGAACAGCAAGUCGUCGGCGCCGGCGGCGGGCGCCUGGGACUCGCUGCCCCUCGUGUAUCGCAACAUGGACAGCGAUCAGGGGGACCGGGAGACCACCCACCUGCUGGUCGACCUGCUGAUGAAGUUUAUGGCUCGGCCCGACCAGGCGCCACCCGGUGACGACAAGCAGCAGUGCCGCAGCCAACAGAUGGCCCUCCGACACCUGGCCAUGAGCCUCGGGUUCAACCAGACCGACAAGACAUUCUUCAUGUCGCCGGCGCGGCUCAGGUCGAAGGCGUCAUUCAACGCGUUCCUGUCCCAGCUGACGCACGUGCUCGACUACAACUUCCCUCUGGGCGGCGCUCUGGUACCGCUCUGUCUGCCGAUCCUCCUGUACGCGGCGGCACCGUCCCGGCAGGCGGCCGUGGCGCCCGGCCGGCCCAGCUACAGCCUCUGGCAUCUGGAGGAGCGCCAGAGACACGACUGGCUCGCCGCCCUGCUCACCAUUCUGUACAAGUACCAGUACGGUGACCCGGGACUCAGCGUACCUCUGCUGGCGCUCUGUCAGAUAGUGCUCAACACACUACACCUCUGCCGACCGCCGGCUGAGACGCCGGCCGCCGCCGCAGCCGCCGCCGCCCCGCUCAGCAGAAUAGGCUCGCUGCAGCCGAGUGGUGUGGGAGGCUCCCCUCCCGGCCCUGCGGAGCAAACCCCGCCGGUGACCCCUCGGCCGACCCUGGCUCCUGAGCUGGUGCCUCAGCCGCCGCCGCCUCCCCCGGCGCCAGGACCGCCGUCCUUCAGUGUCGGUGGGGAGGACUGGCGCCGCGGCCGACCCGACCCGACCGCCUGUUACGGCAGUGAGGAUAACGACAUCGAGCCUGAACUAGAGGCUAUCCCAGAGUCACCCAAGACACCGUCGUCACACCAGAGCUUCUGUGACUCCUUAGUCGAGCUGGACGCGCUGGAGGAGAUGACGCCCGUGCAGGCGGUCCAGCCCGUCCAGGUGGACAGCUGCCCCUUCACCGGACUCGGGGUGGCCGAGAUGGCACAGUCGGUGUGUGUCACCAGCGAGCUGACGUCUCUGACGCCGGAGGUGGCCACUGUGAACUCGGACCUGGUCACCGCUUCUGUGGCCCCCUCGGAGAUGGCCACGGUGGUUCAGCCGACUGAGGUGGUCUGCCAUCAGGCACAGACGGCGGAUUUCAGUGUGAUGGAGGAGACUGCCGAGCUGGAGAUGUUUCAGCCGACUGUGGUGUCCGCUGCGACCCAUCCGCCGGCCACCGCGUGUCAUCCACCGGUCGCCGCGCCUCACCCGCCGGCAGCCACCGCCGCCGCUCCUGCCGCCGGGAGACAGGCUGCGCCGCCGUUCUUACACA